AUGAAAUGUCUCAUUUUAUUUACAGAGCCACAGAAUGAGCUUCCUGAAAGCCGCUCAAUGAGAGUUGAAAAUAAAAUGUUUUACUUUGAUGUUGGCUCAAACAGGAGAGGCGUAUACCUUCGCGUCUCGGAGGUGAGUGUGAGUACUCUUUUCAUUCCUUGACUUUUAUAUAUUCUGAGGGUAAUUCCAUUCAUAAACGUUAAGCUGUUCUUCACAAAAACAUUGUUCUAUUUAUUCCCCAAAAAUAAUAAGUGGGUUUAGCAGUUUAUUUUAACUCAUUCCCGACGUUUGCGACUAAAUGCGUCUUUUACGGGUUUCGCCGGAUGCAUCCAAAUGCGUCCCGGCGCAUAGCGACACACCUCUCUCAUAUCUAUUUAAAAAUAGCAAUGAAAUCUCCCAUCCCCCGAGACUUCCGGCGAUGGCGUGGUUCAGCAUGAUUUUAAUUUAAAAACCGGAAGUUUUUAUCUUGUUUCACUUUAAAACUACGGCGCGUCUAUAUGUAGCAGGUGUUCGUCCGAGGUGCUGAAAAUCUAUUUUUUGGUCAUUGUUCGUUAUUUUUUCCCCGCAAAUGUUAUAUUUAUAUGACACCUUAUUCAUUUUUUGUUGCAUUUGUUCUUAAUUCAUUAACAUUAAAUAAUAUUUAGUAGCUUAAAUACAUAUUUAAAAAAUGUAAACAAUUUCAGAACGGGGUUACAUCCCUUUCUCAGGCAAAUAAAUUAAAUACGGAAGUAGCAUUGCAGGAGGGAAUGAGUUAAGCAACUGAAUAUUUAAACUUCAAUGUUUUUGCACAAUUUAACCGUCUUUGACCAAAGCCAUAUGUUUUAUGGUGUAGGAGAUAUAUGGUUGUCUUGAAAAAUUUAAUCUCCCAGUUUUGAUUGGACUGUCCUUACUAAGCUUUGUAAUUGUAAGGAUACUAAUUAGUGGCUUUCAUAUUAUUCAUCAUUAGCUAUGAAAGAAUUUUAUCACUAGCUUUAAAGUUUUAUAUUUGUAAUAUAUGUCUAAGGGAAGGAAUUGUUAUAAUUUUGUUUGAAUUGCAGGUCAGAAACAAUUUCCGUACGGCAAUCACCAUUCCAGAAAGGUCAUGGGGUAGGUUCCGUGACAUCAUCUCCGAG